AUGUCGAAAGCCCGUGAGCCCGUCUCCUCUGAAACCUCUUCUGGCGAGGAGAAAACCCACGAUUCUUCGUCUGAGGAAAUCGAAUCUGAGCCCGAACAGAUCCGGAAGUCUUCCGCACCGCCGGCCGCCGCGAGGAAACCCCAAACCCCUUCCGCCAUUAUGCCCGCCCCUUCCGCGAAAGGCAAAGACAAGGCCACCGUCGCCUCCGCCUCCGCUUCAGCUUCCAGAUCUACUAGGAAGCGGGCCGUCCAGGACGUUAAUGGGACGGAGGCCACUGGUAACAAGAAAUCGAAGAAGAGUAAGAAGGCUGAACCCGAGGCAUCGGAGAAGAAACAACUGUUCCAGAGGAUAUGGAGCGAGGCCGACGAAAUCGCCAUCCUCAACGGAAUGCUGCAGUUUAGGGCCGAGAAGAAAUCCGAGCCGAGUGAUAAUUUUGACGUUUUUUUUGAGUUGAUCAAGAAGAAUUUGCACUUUGACGCAACGAGGGCCCAGCUGAAGGAUAAGAUUUAUAGGCUGAAAAAGAAGUACACAAACAAGGGCAAGGGGAAUGAAGGUAAAGGAACAACCUUUACGAGCCGUCAUGAGCAAGAAGCCUAUGAUCUGUCUGAGAAAGUGUGGGGCACGGAGAAUGAAAACGAGGUCCAAAAAACCAGUGGCAGUGGGGCGAAGAAAGCAAACGCCAAUGGAAGUGGGGCCGAGAAUGAAAACCCCAAUGGCAGUGAGGCCGAGAAAGAAAACGCCAAUGGCAAUGGGGCCGAUAAAGAAAACAGGGUUGAAGAAGCCAAUAAUAUUAAGGAUUCAUUGGCUAGUGAGCGGAGGUCUGUUGGGAUGAGGGAAAGGUUGGUGAGUGGUUUAGGGGAUGUUCGAGCUGUUGGGGACGUCGUGCUCAGGGAGGGGGAAAUGGGGACUAAGGACGAUGAAGAAGAAUUGAAGAAGCUGGAGAGUGAAGAGAUUGAGGUGUACGCUAGGCUUUUUGAGUUGAAGACUCAAAAGGCAAAGCUUCUUCAUAGGAUGAUGAAGUCGUCCCGGGGACAUUGA